AUUCCUUCGUGGUCGGGUGGAACUGUUUACCAAAGUUGUCUGUUUCAUGGGGGAAGGAUUUUAAAGUUGCGCGAUGGAUUCCCGUGCAGAGAACGUGAAAGCUGUCAGAAAGACCAAGGAGGAGAAAAAACUUUUACGUAAACAAAUAAAAGCCAGUCACACUUUACUCAAACACGAGGGCAUCAACACAGUAUCACAGCCAACCGAGUACCUGGUGGUGGCCAACGGAGGGUUGGGGAAUGGAGUGUGUAGGGUGCAGUUACAGGAGGUUCUGGACGGGGCGGCCACCGUAGUGUCCCUACUGAUGCCCCCAAACAAACCCUAUGCAUUUGUGACAUACACAUCCUCAGACGAUGCCCAGCAGGCGCAUACGCUCCUCAAUGGCCAGCAGUUGCAGUGCCAGGGCCAGAUGGUGACCCUGUACUUCAGCUAUGUUGAGAGAAUAGGCUGUGAGCAGAGAGAGAGUGCUGACCUGCCCCCUGGUCUUGUGGUGCUGGAGGACUACGUUUCCCAGGAAGAGGAGGCUCGCCUGCUGCAGGCUGUGGACUGGGCGGAACACGAUAAUGUUACUGUGCACAAAGCCUUGAAACACAGGAGGGUGAAGCACUAUGGGUACGAAUUUCGAUAUGACAAUAACAACGUGGAUAAAGAUAAGCCACUGCCCAUCGGCAUCCCAGCAGUAUGUGAUCCUGUGCUGCAGCGAUGCCUGAAGGACGGCCACAUUUCCAUUUUCCCUGAUCAACUCACCGUAAACCAAUAUGAAUCUGGACAAGGAAUCCCGCCACACAUCGACACCCACUCAGCCUUCGAAGACCCCAUCCUCUCCCUGAGCCUCGGUGCCAAGACUGUCAUGGGCUUCCGUCAUCCUGAUGGUCGCUCGGUUGCCGUGGUGUUGCCAGAGCGAAGCCUCCUGGUCAUGAGAGGGGAGAGCCGCUUCCUGUGGACCCAUGGGAUCACACCCAGGAAGUUUGACAUGGUCCCUGCUCAUGGCUCUGAGGGCUCCGUGGUAACCUCUGACCCCAGCAACCUCACACUCAACAGACGAGGAACCAGGACCUCCUUCACGUUCCGCAGGUUGCGACACGCCCCCUGUGUUUGCCCGUACCCCUCAGUCUGUGACAGCCAGUCCCCCCCUGCUGCCCCCGCCCCCGAUGCCCCCUCGUUGCCCCGUGACGAUGGGGACGCGUCCCGUCUGGAGGCGCAGUUUGUGCACCAGGUGUACGAGGAGAUCGCGUCACACUUCAGCAGCACGCGCCACUCCCCCUGGCCACGUGUGCGGGACUUCCUGCUGGCGCUGCCCGCCGGAGGCCUGCUGGCCGACGUCGGCUGUGGCAACGGGAAGUACUUAGGGAUCAACCCGGAAGUGAUGUCGGUCGGCUGUGAUCGCAGUGCCAGCCUGGUGCAGAUCUGCAUCGAGCGGGGAUUCCAGGCGUUUGUGUCCGAUGCCCUCGACGUGCCCCUUCGGGGGGCCACCUGUGAUGCCUGCAUCUCCAUCGCAGUCAUCCACCACUUCUCCACGCAGGAGAGACGUCUGGCUGCUGUGACGGAGUUAGUGCGGCUGCUGAAGCCUGGAGGGCGAGCACUGAUAUACGUGUGGGCCAUGGAGCAGGAGUACAACAAGCAGAAGUCAAAGUACUUGAAGGACUCCGGAGACAAGGAGAACACUCAGCCUGUGGUGGGGGAGGGAGGGCAUUCAGUGAAGCAGAGUCCCCUACCAGACGUUGCCGAGGAGAAGGGUUCCACUGAGAGCACCCCCAAACUGAGUGUUCACACCAACCGCACAGCCUUUAACUCCCCGGACCUACUAGUGCCCUGGCAUCUGAAAGGAGAAGAGAAAAAUACAUGCAAACAUGGAGGAGGCUCCUCCGCUGAUGCUAAAGCAACACCGGCCCCUGCCCCUGCCCCCGUCUUCCAUCGGUACUACCACGUCUUUCAGAAGGGGGAGCUUGAAAGAUUAUGCAGUUUGGUGAAGGACGUUGAGAUACGGACUAGCUAUCAUGACCAAGGGAACUGGUGUGUCGUCCUGGAGAAAGUGCCUAAAUAAAUGUCAAUGAAAUCACAAAAGAGCGAUGUCCAGUGUUUCCUACCUGUUGUUUUUUGUGGUUGGUUUGUUUUUCUUUCGGCUCUGAUGUCCGUAAAUACGGUGCCUUAUUAAAAAAAGGAUGUACUCUU